AUGGUUUUUUUUCGAAUAGGGCAAAGAAUGAACUUUGUUCCUAAAAGGGGAGGAAUCGAAGAGUUAUGGAAAAAUAGCUUUUUGGACAAUGUGAAUAUGAAAACAAAACAAAAAUAUAGCCAAACUGGGGAUGCAUGGCCAUGUAUAUUAUUAAGGAAAAAAAGUUUUAACGAUCUACAUAAAUUAUAUUAUAUAUGUUUAAAAGAAAAAAAUAAAUUAUUAGGAGAACAAUACUUUCAUUUUCAAAAUGGAACUAAAAUGAUACAACAUGGUAGAUUAAAAAAAGUUAAACUAACUAUGAAAAGAAUAUUAACUGUUUUGUCAAGAAGAGCUAUACAUGCACAAUGUAUUAGAGCAAAAGAUAUUCUAAAAAAACAACAAGAAAGGGAAAUAUAUGAAACCCAAAAAUUUCAGUUAGAAGAACAAUUACUUUAUUUAAAACAUAAAAUUAAUAUUUUAAAAAAUACAUCAUCACUUGAAAAAUAUUCAUUAAAAUUAUCCUUAACAAAAAUACAAAAUCAAAUUGACCAAUUAACCAUUCUUCUUAAUCCAUUAAGAAAAGAAACUAUGCAUUUGCUUAUACCAAAUUUUAAAUAUCAAAGGAAAUAUUCAGAUUUACCUGGUUUUAUUUCAUGGAAAAAACAAAAUAUUGUGGCCUUAAGAAAUAACAUGGACAAACUAAACAAAUUUUACUAA